GUCGCUGCUGUAAACAGGUCAGACUGUAGUCUACAGAGAAACAGUCUAUGAGACAUGAACUCCUGCAGUCUCUCUGUAGGGGUUAUGUAGCUUUAUGUGAACAGUGAGGAGACUUUCAUUAAGCUCAUGCCUUCGCCUACAGACUUCUUAAAGAAGUAUUGGGUGACCUACGUUCCUGUGGUGGUGAACAUGACUGCGAGUUCUCCAGAAGAACAAAUGCUGUAUUAUUACAGUGCUCCAGUACAUGUGGUGCCUCCUCAGCAGUACUCAGUCCAUCCCACAGGAUUCAAUACAUGCUACACUCUACUCCCUGGACCUACUACCCCAACAAAUGUGUCUGCUGCAGGGAUGUUCUACUAUAAUGAUCAGGCCGUGUACAACCAGACUCCAUUCCCAAUGGUCCCUCCACUGCAGCAACAUCCAUCUACCAAGAGGAAGAGGAAAACAAUCGUUGUCUGAGAUCCUAACCAGGACAACAAGGACAUCAUGGAGGAGAUCAUAUCAGAAGCUGGCAGGAGUCGGAAGCCCACUCUGCCAGUGGGAAAUGUCUUUUCCGUCCCUAUGCCUCUGCAGUUACUAGCAGAUGAUAAGAUUUAUUUGGGACCGAAUUUCGGGGGACGACGGCUGAACUGGAAGAACGGCUGCGAUGGAGAAACUAGCGCUAGAGCCAC